AUGCCCGACAUCUCAGAAAUCCGAACCCAAAUCCUCGAAUCCAACACCCCAAAACGAAUCGUGAUCAGAAUGAACACCAAAGCCCUAAACCCUCAAGACUAUCGCGCUUCAGCAGACAAAGUCGUCAACCAAGUCUUCCCAGGCUGGGAAGACGAUCCCCGAAUCCUCUAUCUCGUCAUCGACGUAUCCACCGAACGUACCUUCAUCGUUAUAGACGUCAAUCACCACGACUACAACUACCACAAAGCCCACAGAGAUAAGGAAAUUGUCCCCGUCCACGUCCUUCGCCAGCACGGCAAACGACGAGAAUGGUUUUUGGUCAGGUGGCCUCGAGAAGAUGAGUAUCUGUGUACGCAGUUGGCGCAUCUCCAUAAUACCAAUGGCUAUGAGCCGACGCCAUUUCUGGAAGAUCAUACUAGUCCGACCUCGUGGGCUAAUACGAGGUGUCUUCCUUGA